CACUAAAACUCGGAUUUACUAAGUUCGGACUUGAUUGGGUUAAGAAGGACGAUGAAGACGCAGUCAAAUGUAGUAAAAGAUUUGGUGUCUCCAGGUGUCUCCAUGAUCGGUGCGGUCGUGUGAUACUUGUCAAAAACCUGAUGAAGUAAUUUUUUUACCGUUACACAUUGUUUAAUCAGUCCCGCAUUCCUCGGAUCGUUCUCUCGAUGUCUGCGAUGGCUGAUCCUAAAUAUGCUGACCUUCCUGGAAUUGCCUACGAUCAAGCCGAUGUCUACGAAACAGCUGAUCUUCCGGAGUCCGAUCAACUUCGAGGUUAUCCUGAGGAUGAGAACGAUUCUAUAGAUAAAUUACAAAUCAAUGCUGCAGAAGCAUUUAGUAAAUUCAAAGGAAAAAGAGUCGUUGGGAAGGAAGUUGAUUUUUCUGAUAGAAUUUCUUACAAGCCACGAACGGGCUAUAAUGCUGCCUUUGGAGAAUGGGAAGUACCAGGAGAAGGUGAGACGGAAACACCCAUUCAAAAAUAUCAAAGGCUUCAAAGUGAACUUAAGGCUUUAUGCGAAGAGACCAAUGGAUUGAAGGAUUUGGUUGACGACGAGGAAGAAGCUAAAAGUACCGCCGAGUUAAUGGCUAAAGUUGAACAAAUUGGCAAGCAAUUAGAUCACAUGAAACUCGAACAAUGUCUGAGCACUGGACUUGUCGAUUCUGUCUCCAAUUCACAAGGAACGCAAUUCAAACACUUGGUUGCAUUAAUAGAAUCUUUUAAAACUGGUGGUAAAGUAAACGAGGGCGUCGAGGCGAGUAUAAGUCAAAGUACAGAUGCUAAAGUAGAAUCAACGGAGCCUGGGAUACUUAAAUAUCAAAUGAUGUAUUUGCCUGAGAAAGCAAGAAUGCAAGAAGUAGCCAGGAUCGCACAGCUGGAGCAGAGGCUAGGUCGCCUUGAAAAUGUUAUUGGUGUUAAUAACGAGAAGCUUGCUAAAUUCACACAGACAUUUAAAAGCCAAGGACUAAUAGAAGUGGUGCAACAGCUGGGAGCAAAAGCUUCGCUUUUAGAUGCCAAUCAAAUAGACGCGAUGGAGAGUAGAUUAGCUUUGCUAAGCCACAAAAUGGAUAGCAUCGCCCAAAAGAAAUCUGCUUCGGUUCAGGACUCAGAACGGGAUCAAAAGGUGGCAGAAAUAUAUAAGGCAGUUAAAAAUACAGAAGAUAUAGCACAAGUUCUCCCGCAAACUGUUAACAGGAUGCUGUCGCUAAACACUGUACAUCAACAAGCUGCCCAGUUCAGUAAAUCGUUAAAACAGUUGGAAGAUCUACAAACGCAAAUAUCUGCAGGGUUGGAAAAUAAUGGAGCUCGUUUAAAAGAAGUGCAAGAGGGUUUUGCUUUAAACUUGGAAACUAUUAAAACUAAUCUUGUUUCCCUGGACGAACGUAUAGAAAAACUCAGCAAGUGAUAUCAUCUUUCAAAUGAAUUCGUUGCACUAUUUAAAUUUUACGCUUCAAUAUUUAUCGAUGCAAGCCACUCCCACUUUGUAUACUUUCGUCAAAUGAUGCUUCUGAACUUGUGUUUAAUGUAUGGUGUCAUUCUCUAACAAUAUUAAAGUGCUGGCUAUGGAAAA